AUGGACGUCUCUGCCGCCGCCCGUGAUGCCUAUCCUGGCCUACAGGAGGCCACCUUCAACCCAAGAAAUGCUGUCACCUGGAUCGAAGAGAAACCAGCGGCCAGUCAAGUCUCGUAUGCCAAUGACAUUUUCGAGGAACUGCUCCAGAGUGCUGCGAGGCCAAGGCAGUCCUCUGGUCAAGCCUGUGUCAAGCUCUGCGGAUUCAUUGAGCAAUGUUCCAGAUCGAAAUCUCCUGAUGUCCAGGACUAUGCCUUUUCUGAAAAGACUGCCAAUGAUCUCUUCAACUACUAUGUCGAGUGGAACGAGCAGGAUCAGCAUCGUUCCAUGAGACUGGUUUUAGACUUUCUCAAAUCUUCCAUAACCAGGAACCAACGCCCUGAAAAUGGUGAGGUUAUCAAAACCAGGCUCUUGAAUGACAUUGUAUCUUUCAUCACCCUAAAGUCCAUCAAGCCCUCGGUCAAGUCCGCCUUCAUGGCAUUAGAUUACUUCAUACAAAAGAGGAUAUUCUAUCUUCCCGGUGUGAUUCAGACAUAUCAAAAAAUCCAUGGCGUCUCAGAAGAUCAGCGCGAGAGCUGGAAUACUUUUGUAGCCAGAAUUUUUGACUGGAUGAUAAUGAAACAUCUAUCUCCCGUCGCGGGAAAGCUCUUGGCUACUAUCUUCUCUACUACUUGGUCCGAGCAGCAGGAUGCUAGAUUCUUACCCGAUUCAUGGCACAAGUUCUUGUCCGCAGGGCUGGCCAAAGAUAUAGAGCUCCUCGAGCCUAUCCAGAUAUACAUCAUGAUGCCUCUGUAUACGUCGGACAAGGUCCAGAUGUUGAAGUAUCUUGAACUUUUGUUCUCUUUGCAGACCUUGACCAAGGAUCAGUCUGACCUGGACGUCACCUCGAUGCUCUGGUUGGCAUCACUAGAGGCAGGGAAAAAGGUCGGAAUCGUGGGCGAGCCUCUCAGUGAUCGCGAAGAAACGUCAAAAACACAGGGCAUUGCACACUUGCAAAAGGAUGUGCUGGAGGACAUCCUGUCGCACAGUUCACAGGAAGCUCGGUCAUCGGCCGUAUCAAUUCUAAUUGCUUCGCCAUCGAGUACUAAACCUUACUCGAUUGCAUCCCUCGAAUUGCUUCGGAAGCAUCUUCCGGCAUUCUACUCGGACGGCGAUGCCAAAUUCCGGUACGAUGUCUUGGGAUACUCUAGAAACAUGAUAUCCAGAGUCCAAGGUGCGAUCAGUGGCUUGGCCAAGGAAUUGGAACGUCUCGCAAAGAAGGCGAAAAAGAACAAUACUGGAGGCACCAAUGCCGAAGAUCCUGACAAGCUCAAGCACCUCCUACAACUUCACGACGACUUCCUUGGCUGGUAUUUCAACUUCCUGAAGAAUGAGCUGGUUCCCACAGCUUCAUAUCAAAGGCACAUCACAUCUCUGAGAGCUAUGGAGUUUGUCCUCAAAUCAGAGUCUCGCGGCAAACAGAAUGGAUCAAAGGAAGCAUGGCUAGGGUCACAGCUAGUUGACAGUGCAUGGCUGAGGUCUGUACUGGAUCUCAUCAUGGAUCCUUUUGAUGACGUGAGAGAGACUGCGACGAAUCUGCUAGUUUUACUCUCGACGAGAUAUUCGGAAAACUCCACGACAAUCACAAGGCCAAUGCUGCAAGAGUUGGAGGAGUUUUGCACGCGCGCCAGUGAACUCGCUAGCAAGACCUCUCGUGCUGACCACUCAGAUGGAGUCGCAAGGUCGUACGAGGUUCUUUGCCAAUGGACAAGGUCCAAGGACGGAAAAGUGGCGAUUGCCGCCCGAAUUCUGGCAGACAUUGAGCUAAGACUGAGCGCCGCUGAAUCAGACUUGGCUUCUGCUGUCCUAGAUGCGCCUAUUCACGGUGGAUUUGCUGCACUUCGAUAUGUAUGGCAAUCAUUGUCAAGCACCGACUACUCAUCGGACGAGGUCAUCCUAUUGGAAACCCUCCAGGCACGUGCCAUUAGCAGCUGUCAGAGGAUAUGGCAGGCAGUACGACUUGUACUGUGUGACGACUCCCCAGAAGGUCAUUUGCCAGAAGAAUUGGAAGAAGUCGACCAGCUCGACACGAAAGACCUACUGAGCUACAGCUUUCGGGCGAUUCAUGAGUCAAGCCACCUGUUACGGGUCAUCUCUAGCAAUAUCCGGAUUAAAAAGUCUGGCUAUAUUCGGCCUUCAAGCCAGGAGUUUGAAGCCAUCGGAAACUUGACUUUUGAGCAGUUAUCCAACCUGAGACACCGCGGUGCUUUCACCACUGUGACACAAACCUUUGCAAGUUGUUGUCAGCUUGUCAAGUACUCUUCUUCUUCGUCCGAACAGGACAAAUCUCUGUUGAAAGUGUGGUAUCAGGGCGCCCUUGACUGCAUUCACACUCAAGCAUCGACAACGAGGAGAUCGGCUGGUAUCCCUGCUCUCAUUGUCGGCAUAUUAGCAUCCAAUUCCGACGAGCCUUCAUUUGACACUGUCAUGCAUGAGUUGCGAGAUAUCGCACAAAGGCCUGCGCACGUGUCCGAGACAGACGGAUCCAACUUGCCCCAGGUUCACGCAACCAACUGCAUCAAGGACAUAUUCAAGAGCUCCAUGUUGAGCAGACGUGCUGAGCCAUACUUGACAGACUGUCUUCAACUGGCUGCCAAUAGUCUCAGGUCUGAAGUUUGGGCUAUUCGUAAUUGCGGUCUCAUUCUGCUGAGAAGUCUGAUAGACUGUCUCUUUGGCACAAGCGAAAGCAAAGUGUUGAUGGAGGCAGGUUGGGAUGGCCGAUCCACCAGAGUAGCCUGGCACAAGUACAAGUCUCUGCCGAUGCUACUUGUCAGUCUCUUGAAAUCAGGCCAGGCCACGACGAGUGUUUCCAAGGAGAUUGCAACAGCAGAAUCAGUAUUUCCCGCACUGGACAUUAUCCGCAGAGCAGGGCCACCCGAAGAGUUCAAGGACGAGUUGUACGGUAUCGUAGCAUGGUACCUCGGCAGCCACAUUUGGCAUGUCAGAGAGAUUGCUGCCCGUACACUCUGUUCCUUUUUGCUUCAUGCGGAUUGGUUUGGCCAUGUCAAGACCCUGCUUGCAGAAUCUCAAUCAUCUGCCAACAAGUUGCAUGGAGCACUAUUGACAUUUAAAUUUCUUCUUGAGCGACUUCUUGACACCAUGCAAGAUCAGCUACUGAAGCACUAUCCAGAGGAUCUGUCCGACCUUGUUCAGAGUAUACCAAGCAUGCCUGGUAGCUUUACGACUUGUGCCGAAGUACGCGCUGUAUACUUUGAGAUCAUCAGCUUCCUGAACGGACUGGCCAGCAAUUCGCACAUUGGCGCACAGCUCACCGAUCCCGUCUUGCUAGAACUCAACGACGCAUCAUCACAAUCCUCGGCAAACUCCUUCAAGAUUCGCUCGGCCCUCGAGGAAGCAAAAGAGGCACAGGCUUCCACAGCUUCCGAGAUGGAGCGGAUCAUGCGCUCCCCGGAUCAACUUGCCAACUUUGACAUAGGGGCACUACUCAAGAGCGACGUGAACGCCGCCUGUGAUGCCUUGGAGACCAUGCUGUCGUAUGUCGAGGUUGGGAUAGGGUCUCUGUUUGUUCCCCUGGCAGCGUCCCGGAUCAUCAAAAUUUGCAUUACAGCAGUAUACGAGACACAUGUACCAAAGCCCCGGGCCCUGGCCCUGAAUAUCCUUGCUGCCGAGCUCGACGGCUUGGUACAUAAAGAUGCCAUGGCCGCGCUUCCGGCCACCACUGAGCUCACUUCCCUGUGGCAGGCGUUGCACAGCGGAGCUCUCAAUCCGGGUCUGGCAGACGCCAUUAUUCGGGUCAGUGGACCGCUGGUCAGAUUUAUUAUCAUGCGGGGCUCUGCCGAGGCAUCCGCCGAGAAUAAUGAGCAAUGGCUCAAGUCCUGGGGCACCAUGAUGAGAAGUGCCGGUUCUGUCGAUAACGGCUUUGACACGCGAAUGUCGGGCAUCCAAGCCAUCCGCUCCUUUACAGCCACCAGCAGCAACGACAAUAACACUCUGUCGUUGGCCUCGUCAGCCAAUCUCCCCUGGCUCCUGGCGCUCUACGACUACCUCAACGACGACGACGAAGAGAUCCGCGACGCCGCCGCCACGGCCGCCGCACCCGUCCUCGGCAAACCCCUCGUCUCCAUCGAGGCCGGCGAGCGACUCCUCACCCUCUUGGCCGACCUGUACAGGGACGACGAGGAAUUCCGCCACCACGCCGCAAGCCGCCUGGUUGGGGAGCAGCAGCAGCAGCUAGGCGCAGGGCAAGAAUGGACGCCCGCCGAGAUCCAGCUCGCGCAGGCCCUGCGCUUUGACGACUCCCUUUUCGUCGUCGAGGAGCAGAAUCUAUACAUUGACGAAGUACGCGAGGCAAUGCGCUGGCGAGACGCCCUUUUCCAUUCUUCAUCUUCGUCCUCCUCUUCCUCUCCCUCUGGGGGCUCCCGACAGGCCCUGGCCGACUGGACCACGGCCAGUCUCGGCACACUCUCACGGAUCGCGGCCGAAAGGGGCGACGACGGUGUCCUGGGCUGGACUUCCAAGCCCGAGGUGUUUGCCAUUUGCGCGCGCAUCGCCGUUGCCGGCGCCGCGCUUUCCGAUAGUCACGAGGCUGUGCGGGACGAGCUGCGUGCGUUUGUGGGCCUGGGCCAGAAGACGAGGGUUCAUGGUCUGCUGUUGCAGAUGUGCGGUAUUUAA